AGCUAGGCGGGGAAAAAAGAAGCCGUCUUUCCUUAGUCCUGCCGGCAGAGUGGCGUGUGCGGCCUGUAGGAGGCAACAGAUCGGGGCGCGUCCUGGGAAACAGGAAGGAAGAACGUCGCGUGGCUCUUUGGUUCCAGGCCGCAGAGCUGCGAUGGCCGAGGGCGCGCAGCUGCGCCUACAACCGCCGAAGGAGACCACGGCCUCCUGCUGCGCGGCCAGCAGCUCUGCCGCUUACUUUUGCACGGCCGGACGUGGGAUGGAGCGCUUCCUGAUGCGGGAGGUGCAAGCUCGACUGGGCGCUACGCAGGUGGAAUAUGUAUCAGGAAAAGUCUUCUUUACCACCAGUGCUGAGUUGAGUAUGCUGAAGAAGCUGAAAUCUGCUGAGCGGUUGUUUUUACUGCUGAAUAAAUACCCUCCACUUUUCAUCUCUAAAAAUAAAGGAAGAAUAAUCUGUGACAUUCAGAAACUUGUAAAUGAGGAUUCCAGGUUGUGGUUGGAUAUUGUUACUGUUUGGAAAAGUCUUCAAGGUCAAGAAGUGAAACAAGACAAUGUGAGUCCAGAUUCCCAAAAACGGAAAUUGGAAGAGGAGGACAGUAUAAACAAUAAAAGACAAAAAACAGAUCAAUUUUUGGAGACUGUUUCUGCUAAAAAUCAAGUAAAAAAUCAAAGGAGAUGUGACAUGUCAGAAACUGAUAUAGACAAUGCCUUGUCUGAAGGCAAAUUAUUUCUAGAGAAGAGUUGUGAAGUUAUACAAGAGAAGUGUGUUGAGAGCGAUAGCUGCUUCAGCUUCCGAGUGUCUUGCCGUUGUAGUGGAGCCCUUGCUAAAGUAUUUCCUGCACAGGUGGUGGGAAGAAUAAUUGGAACAGCUCUUAUGAAGCAUUUUGGAUGGAAGGCAGAUCUGAGAAAUCCUAGUAUAGAGAUCUUUGUUCACCUAAAUGAUAUUUACUCUGUGAUUGGAAUCCCUGUUUUCAGACUUCCCUUGGCAAGCAGAGCAUAUAUUAAAACUCCUGGGUUGCGAUCUACCGUUGCAUGGGCUAUGGCAUCCUUUGCUGAAAUCCAGGCUGGUGCCUUUGUGUUGGAUCCCACGUGUGGUCUGGGAACAAUACUACUAGAAGCUGCAACUGAAUGGACUAAUGCGCAUUAUUUGGGAACUGACAUUAGCGCUUCACAGUUACAAGGAGCCUAUUCUAAUAUCCAAGCUGCAGGCUUGAUGGGUAAAAUAGACUUAUUGAAAGCUUCUGUGACAGAAUUGCCGUUGCCGCCAGAAAGCAUCGAUGUUGUGUUUGCUGACUUCCCAUUUGGAAAAAAGUUCAAAAUAACAAAUGAAAUGAAGUUACUACCAGAUGUUUUGCAAGAAAUUGAAAGGGUACUUUGUGUUGGAGGGACUGUUGUGCUAUUACUUAGUCAGGAACUCCAUAAGCUCAUCAAUGGCGGCAUUUCCAGUGGUCCUGAGACUGAGAAUCACAACUCUGCAGAAUGUGAAGUGGUGUCACUUGAGUCAGACACCCAGGAAAAGACUGGUAGCCCCAGGAUUAUUUCCCCAUCAGCUCAGCAUACAGGAAAAGAAGACAUCAGCAAUACAAAGUCAAUUCUUGGUUCUCUAGUAUUGGUAGAAUCCUUAGAAGUUAGCCUUGGCAAAACAGAUGCUUACAUGUGCAAGUAUAAGAAACCAAUAGCAGGCUUGGCAAGUAUGAAAAGCUAGCAGCUGCACUUUAGAAAGACUGUAUGUGAAAAAGCUUGGAGUUUAUGCUUCAAAUCAUAUGGUGCAGGAGCAGCUGGGCUAAGCUAAACUCAACAGAGUUCCGUAGGCUUCCAUAGUUUCAGUAAAACACAAAGGCCUUUUAAAAGGGUCAGUAACUGAAGACCUUGGGCAAAUCAACCUCAUGAGGAAUGGUGAUUGCUUCCCUCCACCCCACCACAUCAGUCUAGAAACCAAGUUUUGGAGAAAGUGGCAUCAUUAGAAACAGAAAUUGUUGUGUAUUUCUAAGUGUGGAUGGGCAAGGCAUAGCAAGACUCCCCCCUCUUCAACUUCCUUCUCCAAGUAGCUUUCUAGACAUGAUGGAAAGAUAACCUAGCUGUUUCCUGCCCUGCUGAUGGCUCCCUCAGUAGCAUUUGGAAGCUGAAGGGAAGAGAUUCUGUUAAAAAAACAGGACAAUUAAAAGUUUAAAACUUUGUGUUGA